AACGCCAUUUGUUCUGCUAAUCAACAAUGUAGUUGUCCAAUAUCAAGUCCUAGGAAAGACUAUUUCAAAGCAGUGAACAAUUGGCAACCCAACCUCGGUUGUUCUGAAAUUAACCCUCUCACUUGUAAUUCUGUACGAGUUCAAGAUUUUAUCACACUUGAGAAUGUUAAGUACUUCACCUCUACUGCUGACAUGAAUAUGGUGAAUAUGGACACUUGCAAACAAGCAUGUCUGGACCAGUGCUCAUGCAAAGCGGCUCUGUUCAAGUACUAUGCGAAUAUUUCUAGUGGCGACUGUUAUUUACGUUCUGAGCUCUUGACAAUGAUGAACUUUAAUCCUAAUGAAAUUCAUCAAAACGCUUCAGUGCUAAUAAAAGUUCAGAAUGUGGGAUCAAAUCAUUUGUCUCGUCAAGUUACAACCAUUAUAGUUGCUACAAUUGGAAGUUUUGUGUUUGUGCUAAUUGUAGUUGUUAUGUUUGUUAUCCGAAAGCGGAAAAGGGAUGUUCAAACAGAGGAGACAUAUUUAGAUCAAGUGCCAGGAAUGCCAACUCGGUUUUCCUACGAAGAACUGAAAACCGCCACAGAUAAUUUUAAUAAAAAGCUUGGCGAAGGAGGAUUCGGAUCGGUAUUUAAAGGGACUUUAGAAGAUGGAUCCAAGAUUGCAGUGAAGUGUCUUGAGGGACUUGCACAAGUUAAAAAGUCAUUUCUAGCUGAGGUUGAAUCCGUUGGCAGUAUUCACCAUGUGAAUCUGGUUAGACUUCAUGGGUUCUGUGCUUGGAAAUCACAACGACUACUCGUGUAUGAAUUUAUGAGUAAUGGAUCACUAGACCAGUGGAUCUAUCAUGGAGAUCGAGAGCAUGUUCUAGAUUGGAAAUGCAGAAAGAAAAUUAUUCUUGAUAUAACUAAAGGUUUAAGUUAUCUCCACGAAGAUUGUAGACAAAAAAUAAUCCACCUUGAUAUUAAACCUCAAAACAUACUUCUAGACAACGAUUUUAAUGCCAAAGUUUCAGAUUUCGGGUUGUCUAAGCUCAUUGACAGAAAUCAAUCCCAAGUAAUGACUACUAUGAGAGGAACUCCUGGCUAUCUGGCGCCUGAAUGGUUAAGUUCAUUUAUCACUGAAAAGGUUGAUGUAUACAGCUUUGGGAUUGUUCUCUUGGAAAUAUUGUGUGGGAGGAGGAAUUUUGACAGAUCUCAACCUGAAGAAAGCUGGUACCUACUUGGCAUCUUUGAAAAGUGUUGGGAACAAGGGACGUUACUAGAUAUCGUUGACAAGUACAGUGAAGAUAUGCAAGCACACAGCACACAGGUUGUAGAGAUGAUGAAAGUGGUCUCAUGGUGUUUACAGACUGAUUUUAAAAGAAGGCCUUCAAUGUCAACAAUCGUGAAGGUGUUACAAGGAGUAAUGAAAGUCGAAGCAUACUUGGAUUACAAUUUCUCACGACUAAGACGGCAUGAUACAACAAUUGAACAUGAGGAGGAUUUAACACCACUGUUGCCUUCUGUUUUAUCUGGACCAAGGUGAGUGAGCAGCUAUAUCCAUGACUCCAUGAGGUUCUUGUGUAUGAAUUAUAGUCUAUUGAAUUGGUCUUUUUUUUUAUCAUUCUGGAUCAUACAUUGGCAAACCCGAAAGAAAGAGGUGGAGAGUAACAACCACUA